AUGCAUCCGAACCCAGUACGCAAAAACUCCAAUUUCUCCUACUUUCGUCCUAAAAUACGUCUGCAAUACGUUGCUAUUCAUCUGCAUUUUCCAACCCGUCGUAUUCCACCAGUGCCGGGUACCGAUUGCUGGGCUAGCGAAAACCCUGCCGACACCAAGCCAGAUGGUGGGGAUGAUGGAUGCGAAGGUCUGCUGGGAGUUCGUGCAGCACCUCAUGCUCAGCUGGCAGUUCGCAUAUCGUGUAGCAACUUAUGCUCGGUUGGCGGUCAGCUGUCGCGUCCAGUGCCAGCUCCAGACACGCCCUAG